AAAAGCAACUCCACCAUGUCGUCACGGAAGAAGGUCUUGUUGAAGGUGAUCAUCUUGGGUGACAGUGGUGUCGGCAAAACGAGUUUGAUGAACCAAUAUGUCAACAAGAAAUUCAGCGCGAGCUACAAGGCCACGAUCGGUGCGGACUUCCUAACCAAGGAGGUCCUGGUGGAUGAUCGUCUGGUAACAAUGCAGAUCUGGGAUACCGCUGGACAGGAGCGCUUCCAGUCCUUGGGGGUCGCCUUCUACCGAGGUGCCGACUGCUGCGUGCUGGUCUACGAUGUCAACAAUUCCAAGAGUUUCGAGGCGCUGGACAGCUGGCGCGAUGAAUUUCUGAUCCAGGCUAGCCCUCGGGAUCCGGAGAAUUUCCCUUUCGUUGUGAUUGGGAACAAGAUCGAUGCGGAGGAAAGCCGACGGAUGAUCUCCUCCAAGCGGGCUAUGACCUUUUGCCAGUCGAAAGGCAACAUUCCUUAUUUCGAGACCAGCGCCAAGGAGGCUGUGAACGUCGAGCAGGCCUUUGAAGUCAUUGCUCGCAGCGCGCUGGCACAAGAAGAAGCAGAAGAAUUCAACGGGGAAUUUAGCGACCCGAUCAACAUCCACCUUGACGCUGACCGCGACGGCUGCGCCUGUUGAUUACUCUAACCGCUAGAAUAUGAUUUUGAACGAUACAACAAGUCCUGUCUUACACUCGAAGAAAGCCCGCACCUCGACUGAUAGCGAAAUCCAAUCUCUAGCUUACCGCUAUGUCUAUUGAUGAGACCUAAAGAGGAGAGUUGGCUUUCCUCUUCAGCACCUGUAUAUACAUUGCAGGUGCCCUUCAUGUAUCACGCUCCUGUCUUUUUUUUUGUUGGAUUGUUGCUUGCAUGGGGUUUUAUUGCUUUGACGGUUAUUGUUUUGUCGCUUACUCCUAGUCUAAUUUUUUUUUCUCUUGUCUGUAGGAGUCUGGGAGGGGGGCGGAAAUUCAGCAUGUUACACUAUUAGACGGUAGUGAGUCGUCGCGUGCUUAUCGCUGGUAUCUCGUGAUUGCUUGGCAGUGGAG